CAAGAACACAAAGAAACAGUGGGUGGGCUGUACAGCAAAGUUACCUGCUGUAUAUCGUUCUGAUUUCUUUUUAAUCACAGUUUCAAAGUACACGCGAAACGUCUAAACUUCCUACAAUGAAAUGACCUUUGCUGUGAUGGACAGCAGAUUGCUCCUAUCAGUUUGAGGGUGGGUGGAGGACGGACGCUUCGGGUUAAAAAGCGCUGCACACCGGGCGAGGUUCAGUUGGGAAGGGAAGGUGUGGAAGCUGAACGUGGGAAGUUUGAAGCAAUGGAGAAACUAAGUAAAGCCAAUUAUCAUUUCACCCUUGAUCUAUUCAGUGAGCUGAUAAAAGGAAAUCAAGUGGACAACAUCUUCUUUUCUCCAUUCAGCAUUUCCACUGCAUUGGCCAUGGUCUACCUUGGUGCAAAAAAUCACUCUGCCUCUCAAAUGGCAAAGGCUCUCCAUUUUGAUGAAGUUGGGGAUCUGCAUUCUGCUUUCCAGAAAAUGCAAUUGGAAGUUAACCGAGCUGGUGCGCCAUACUUGCUAAAAAUGGCCAAUCAACUGUAUGGUGAAAAGACGUAUGAAUUCCUAGAAGAAUUCUGUAAAUCCUGCAAAAACUUCUAUGGAGCAGCCUUGUCUGCAGUUGAUUUCAGAGCGUCUGCAAAUGAAACUAGACAAGAGAUCAAUAAAUGGGUGGAGGAACAGACGUCAGGUAAGAUUCAAGAUCUGCUGGUUGAAGGUUUAGUUAAUGGUGACACCCGACUGGUGUUGGUGAAUGCUAUCUACUUCAAAGGAAGUUGGGCUGAAAAGUUCGAUGAACAAUGCACACAGGAAAUGCCAUUCAGACUGAAUAAGAAUGAAAGCAAACCAGUGCAAAUGAUGUACAAGAGUGAUAAGUUUUUGUUCCGUCACAUCCAUAAAGUCAAUAUCAAAGUUCUUGAACUUCCGUAUGUUGAGAAAGAUGUGAGUAUGAUCAUCUUGUUGCCUGAUGACAUCAUGGAUGAUUCGACAGGUCUUAAAAAGCUGGAGCAGACACUUACCCUAGAAAAGCUGCAAGAAUGGACACUUCAAACCAAGAUGGGAAGAGAUAAAGUUUCAGUUCACUUACCUAGAUUUAAAAUGGAGGAUAACUUUGAGCUCAAACCUACGCUUUCCUCUCUGGGGAUAACAGAUCUUUUUGAUAGUUCGAAGGCAGAUCUCUCUGGAAUUUCUGGGACACGUGACUUGUUUGUGUCUGAGGUUGUUCAUAAGUCUUUUGUGGAGGUGAAUGAGGAAGGAACUGAAGCAGCAGCUGCUACAGCAGUAAUGGCCCAGUUUUGUUCAGCUGUGUACGAAGAGCAGUUUACUGCAGAUCACCCUUUCCUCUUCUUCAUUCGGCACAACAAAACAAAUAGUAUUCUCUUCUUUGGUCGGUGCACUUGUCCUUAAACAACUGACUAAGUGCAAGUAAUGGGGGGGGGGGAAUAAAAUCUUAAUGAUAAUUUUCCAUGUUACCAGAAGAAUAAACUGGAAUGCUAAUUAAAGGUUAAUUUGAAAACAUUUCGCUCAGUACAUUUUAGAAGCCAAGCAUAAAAACCUUAGAUUAUGUCUGAGUAUUUUGAAAUCUGAAGAUAAUUUUGAUGUUUUUAAUCAAGAAAUUAACAUAACAACUGGAUGUGUUAACUUCCCUGUUUACUAACUUGAAAGGUUGUCAUUUACAUUAUAACUAAUCUGAUUCAUUACCAUGCUGUAAGGGAGAAAGUCCUGUCGUCUUUGUCAUGGUUAGUCCAGUAAUGUGAUUAGCUACACAAUUCAUGGCCAGUUAGGGAUAGGAAAACAACUGUCACUAUUGCCAGACAAGUCCAUAUCCUGUGAAUGAAUAAGUUAAGAACCAUGUGUAAAGGUGUCCUGCAGAAUUUCUCACUUUCAACAUAUCAUCUUGUAUGACUUUGUCCACAAAGCUAGGAAUAAUGUAAAUAACAAGACAUUGAGAGUUUUCUCAAAUUAACUGUCAAAUUCCCUGUACGUGUACACAUAUUUGGCAAUAAUAAAGCAUUCUGAUUCUGAUUCAGCUUUUCCACUUUGAGUCUAAGUCAUAGUAUAUACUAUCACAUUUCAACUUGCCAAUAAAAUGGUAGAUCAUAAAGAAACCCGUAGCUUGAUUUUAAGAAAUUCUGCCUGAGGCAUGUUGUUACAGCAGAGGAAAAAAAAUUAUUUUACAUUUGUAUAUCCAAUUAACAAAUAUGAAUAUUAUUGGAAGAUGUUGAUGAAAAAAGGUGCACUUUGUAUUAAAUACAUAAAGAGACAGAUACACUGAACAGAUCACUUAUUGUAUUAAGUCCUGCAAGAGGAACUGGCAUUGGGAGUGGUCAUUUUCAGUUGGUAAAUUUUAUCUGUUGGAGAAAUCACAUGCUUGGGUGAAUCAUGAUUAAGAUCCACUAUACCCCACGAGUAAUCUUUGAAAUAUGAUUUCUACAUGGUCCAAGAGCAUGAUGCUAGCAUCUAGUUGUGUUAAAACUCUGAUUGAAUAUGCAUUGUAUUAUGUCAUGUGUAUAGUGCAAAAUAAAAGCAUUU